UUCCCUAGUGUUCACUGUCCAGUGUCCCUGCACCCUUGUUGCAUGUGCUGUAAAUCUAAACGACGCAAAUUGAAAAGUAAAGUGAAAAGUAGUGGAUUUUUCAGUUUAGCGAAGAAGAAAGUUAAACGUUUUCAUUAAGCGUUUGAUUUCUCGUCAAUUUUUUAAUUGACAGGCAUAGAAAUAAAAAGUUUAUUAUUCAAGCUGUGGGACAACACGAAUUUAAGACGGAAAAAUGGUGGAAGCAGUAGAAACCCUGACAGCAGACGAAAAAGCAAGAACAUUGUACUUAAGACUUCCGCAUGUGAUAGAAGAUGACAAGGAAGUUAUGAGUUUGUUUCGUGACAAUGUCAUAGUGAAAUUGCCUAGACAGACUUCGAGAUGUUGCCACGUAGUAUUUUCGACAGUACAAGAAAGAACGAAAUGUUUGAAAACAAUGAAAAAUAAGGUCAUUGAUGGCAAGAGAUUAAUUUUGAUGCCUUUGUCAGAGAAAAGUUUAGACAAAACCAAAAAACAAUUAGCUGAAGGAAAAAAAGAGGUGCACAAAAAAGUGGCCAUGCCUCUUAAAAAAGUGAAUACAAAUACUUCUUUGCAAUCGUUAUUCGUGGCAAAUAUUCCAAAUGGAACUGAUGUUCAAGUAAUUAAGGAAGCUUUUCCUGGAUGCACAACUAUAGCUCUUCUAAAAGGAAGUCAAGGAAAUCAAAGAGCUGCUGUCCUUAAAAUGGAAACGCCUCAGAAAGCUGCUGAAUAUUUGAAAAAAAUACUUCCGGCUCCUAAAAUUCUAGAAAAUCAAUUAUCGAUUCGUCCAUACAAAAAAAAGUCGCAAGCAAGGAGACGAAAGAACAAAAAGUCUGUGAAAAUAAUGAAGAAAUUAGAAAAUUCAGACUGAAGAAAAUAAAUAAGUAGGAGAUAGAAAAAAAAGGUUAAGAAAUUAACAUGUAAUUUAUAUAAUAUUCUAAUAUGUUUAAAACAUAAUUAAACAUUUUGGCAAAGUAUGUAUUUGUAAAAUAAGUUUCUAAAAAAGAAAUAUAUAGACUUUAUAUUAUUUCUAGUACAUACAUUUUUUUUUCUUAAUAUUUUUCUCUUUCGAUAUGAAGGCUUGCAUAAAUUAUUUAAACUAUUGGCUAAACGAGUCGUCACCUAUAGAAUAGGACGCCAAUUAGACUUAAGUACGAAAAAAGAAGUUGAGAGUGUUCACUAUAAAAAGUACAAAUGAAUACAAAGG